ACGUGUAUAGUCACCGACCCCGGUGCCGGUAGCGCAGUCGGAUGCACACUCGCUAACCAAGGACGAUAUAGAGGUGUGAGGAGCCCUGGGUUCAGUCCCUGUGGCACUGCUGCUCGUUGAGGGAGGAGCACCGAGGGCGGGCGGGAUGCAGGGCGAGGCGCGGAUGCUGCCGAGAUGGUGGAUGGGCGGCGUCGCGGCCUCGGGGGCAGCCUGCUUCACGCAGUUCAUGGACACCGCGAAGGUGCACGCGCAGACGCAGCAGGAGGGCGAGCUGUCCGUGCUGAGGCAGGCGGCGAGCGUGGUGCGCCGAGAGGGCUUCGUCGCGCUCAACAACGGCCUGUCCGCGGCCGUGCUGCGCCAGAUGGUCUACUCCACGCUUCGCUUCCACUUCUACGAGGUCUCGAAGCAGCGCCUGAGCCCGGCGGACGGGGUCAUCCCCUUCCCCCAGAAGGUGCUGGUGGCCGCGGUGGGCGGGGCAGUGGGCGGCUUCGCCAGCACGCCGGCCGACGUGGUCAACGUGCGCACACAGAACGACCUCAAGCUGCCGCCGGGCCAGAGGAGGAACUACAAGCACGUGCUUGACGGCCUGUGGCGGGUGUACCGCGCGGAGGGGCUGCGCGGGCUGUUCUCCGGCGCGACCACGGCCACCGGGCGGUCCGUGCUCAUGACGGUGGGCCAGCUGUCCUGCUACGACCAGAUCAAGACGUGUCUGCUGCGCCGCGCCCGCCCCGGGGACCACCUGGCCACGCACUUCCUCGCCAGCACCCUGGCGGUGCGGCCUCCUUCUCCUGGCUCCACUCUCAUGACGACAAUGCCUAGGGACCUGAAAAAUUCGCGGGUUCAUUUCGUGACGUGCUACAACUCAAAAAAUUAUACCUUAGGGGUGAUAUCCUGCACGCUGACGCAGCCCUUCGACGUCGUCAAGACUCGCACCAUGAACGCCAAGCCGGGGGAGUUCAAGGGCGUGUGGGACGUCGUGCUCUACACCGCCAAGGCCGGGCCGCUGGCGUUCUUCAAGGGCUACGUGCUGCGCUGCGCUCGCCAGGUGCCGCACACCGUCCUCACCUUCGUCUUCUUCGAGCGGCUCCGGCUGACCUGGGGCGUGGCCGCCUCGUCGACGAGCGCCCGCCACUCCCUGAAGGGUCAGCGGGCGGGCGAGCGCGGGCCAAUGGGCAGCAAGCGACUGUCCCGCUGGUACUUCGGGGGCGUGGCGUCGGCGGGCGCGGCGUGCUGCACCCACCCCCUGGACCUGAUCAAGGUGCACCUGCAGACGCAGCAGGAGGGCAAGCUGUCGGCGGCGCGGCUGGCGCUGGGCAUCGCCAGGCGGCAGGGGCUGCUGGCGCUCUACAACGGCCUGUCUGCGUCGCUGCUGCGCCAGCUCACCUACUCCACCACCCGCUUCGGCAUCUACGAGGUGGUGAAGCAGGCCGUGUCGCCCACGGGCACGGACAUACCGUUCGUGGCGCGGGUGGGCAUAGCGAGCGUGGCGGGCGCGGCGGGCGGCUUCGUGGGCACGCCCGGAGACAUGAUCAACGUGCGCAUGCAGAACGACAUCAAGCUGCCGCCUGAGGCGCGCCGCAACUACAAGCACGCGCUGGACGGGCUGGCGCGCGUGUGGCGCGAGGAGGGGGUGGCGCGGCUCUUCUCCGGCGCGUCGGCCGCCACCAGCCGCGCCGUGCUCAUGACGGUCGGCCAGCUGUCCUUCUACGACCAGGUGAAGGCGUUCCUGCUGGCGCGCGGCUUCUCCGACGGCCUGGGCACGCACUUCCUGUCCAGCCUCACCGCGGGGGCCGUGGCCACGACGCUCACCCAGCCGCUGGACGUGCUGAAGACGCGCACCAUGAACGCCAAGCCCGGAGAGUUCCAGGGCCUGUGGAGCAUCGUGGUGUACACCGCCCGGCUCGGCCCGCUCGGCUUCUUCAAGGGCUACGUCCCGGCCUUCGUGCGUCUCGGCCCGCACACCAUCCUCACCUUCGUGUUCAUGGAGCAGCUGCGCCAGAACUUCGGCGUCGUGGUCGGCGCGGACUAGAGCCGUGCCGCCUCCGUGCUGCCUCCGCGCUCCUCGGAGGCCGUGGCGAGCCGCGCCAUCUACCUGGAAUAUGUGUUUGUGAUGUUCAGUCAGGGCAAUGCCUCCCAGUUCACGCAGCAUGAGGACAGGAAUAUUUAUUCAGAUGCAGUAGAACACUGUUAUAAAUGUUUUUCAGAACAUUAUAAGCAAGAAAUAAAUACAUUUUCCUAAUGGGGUAAAUAUCUGGACUUAAAUAAUUAUGUUAUACGUGAUUAGGAAAACAUAAGCAGGAACAUUAUAGCAGGGUUGCACUGUACAGCAAUUUUUUUUCCUGCAACGCAGUACGCAGAGGCGACCACCUGAAUAAUAAACUCUUUAAUUCAACUUUUUUAAUGAUUGUUCUGCCAAUUCAUUUAUAUAUCGAAAAAAAAAAAUUACUGACAAUAAAAAUGAAUCCAGCAUUAUUAAAAUCAGUACAAAUGCUGUUCAUGUAAUGUUAUGAACAGGAUUCAACAAUUUAAUGGCGAACAUUUUACUUCACAGAUACGUCGAUGUAAUGCCACAGCCAAGGUAUGCCCCUGAUAGCACAGACUUGCUUUUUGAAAGUAACAGGUUAUUUGUGAUCUCUGAAUCAUGCUUAAUAUUUUUCACCCUUUUCCAUUUCACUCUAUUUUGCACCUCUUCAUCUUGGAAUCCUGCGAAAUGUGGGAAUUCAUAGUUCCAUUGUUGUUUCGUAAAAUGUUUUAUAUUCUAUUCAAAUUGGGGAAAAAAAAUGAUUCGCAGAAGUCUAGCAAUAACGACUAGUUUGAUGGUGUGUUGUUGGUGUGAGCUCAUGUCGAUGCUUGCUGUAGGAAUAAACUGUGACACUCCAUCCUCUGCUAGUUGGUCACAACUGUGGUUAGUAGCCGAGUUGAUUACGUUUAAAUAAUUUAUUUAAGUAAUUGUUAAAAGGUUGGGAUGGAUAAAAAAAAAAUUAUAUCCUCUGUUUGUUUGGUUAUAAUCAAAUUUUGUGCAAUAUAACAGGUACAGUUUUUGAAGUUAUACUUCUUUAGGCGCGUUAUGAAAAAAUGAUGAGAGGGAAAUUUUAAGAUGCGCGCGCAUCACUGUAGCACAAAAUGAACAGGUUGAAGCUGCCCGCUAAACCGCUCAUUAAGUUUCGAAAAAAAGCUACCAACCAAAUAGAAAUAGAACCUCUAUUAGUCGCGCAUGUUGGCACGCUCGUCGCCUCUGAUCACUGUUUUCAUAUUUAUAAUAUUUAUCCACAUGUUUCUAGUUUCUACAUUCACAACGCGUGUUUUAGUUUCAUACAAGUGUGAAUUAUAUAUGUGCUAAUAAAUUAUAUUCAGUAGCGAUUUAAAUUGAAUAAUUAGAUUAAUAAUAUUUACUAUUUGUAUUGUGCUUAUAUACUUUUUCAAGUGCUCCAAUAUAAUUGACAUUAACUAUCCCUAUCCGUAUGUAUUAUUUAUUGAUAUGAAUUAAAAU